CCCGCGACAAGAUGGCGGCGCCCGCGCCGUGCCACGCAGACUUCCGCCCGGCGCCGAGGCCCGGGGCCGACCGCGGGUCGCCUCGGAGGUGAAGUCGGGACGUGCGUGGUGCGGAGCUGCAGCCUGGGUGCGCUGAGGCACCAUGUCAGAAGGAGACGCCGCGGGCGAGCCCAGUGCUCCAGGAGGGCCACGACCCCUCCUUUCUGGGGCGCGGGGGCUUAUCGGGCGGAGGCCGGCGCCUUCCCUCACCCCGGGCCGCCUUCCCUCCAUCCGCUCCAGGGAUCUCACCCUCGGGGGAGUCAAGAAGAAAACCUUCACCCCAAAUAUCAUCAGUCGGAAGGUCAAGGAAGAGCCCAAGGAAGAAGUAACUGUCAAGAAGGAGAAGCGUGAUAGGGAUAGAGACCGACAGCGAGAGGGCCAUGGACGGGGCCGGGGGCGCCCAGAAGUGAUCCAGUCCCACUCUAUCUUUGAGCAGGGCCCAGCUGAAAUGAUGAAGAAAAAGGGGAACUGGGAUAAGACGGUGGAUGUGUCAGACAUGGGGCCCUCUCACAUCAUCAACAUCAAAAAGGAGAAGAGGGAGACAGAUGAAGAAACAAAACAGAUUCUGCGUAUGCUGGAGAAGGAUGAUUUCAUCGAUGACCCUGGGCUGAGGAAUGACACUCGAAAUAUGCCUGUGCAGCUGCCGCUGGCUCACUCGGGCUGGCUUUUUAAGGAAGAGAAUGAAGAACCAGAUGUUAAACCUUGGCUGGCUGGCUCCAAGGAAGAGGACAUGGAGGUGGACGUGCCUGCUGUGAAAGUGAAAGAGGAGCCACGAGAUGAGGAAGAGGAAGCCAAGAUGAAGGCUUCCUCCAGAGCAGCCAGGAAGACGCCGGGCCUCCCGAAGGACGUAUCUGUGGCAGAGCUGCUCAGGGAGCUGAGCCUCACGCAGGAGGAAGAGCUGCUGUUCCUGCAGCUGCCAGACUCACUCCCUGGCCAGCCGCCCACUCAGGACGUCAAGCCUAUCAAGACGGAGGUGCAGAGCGAGGACGGACAGGUGGUGGUUAUAAAGCAGGAGAAAGACCGGGAAGCCAGGCUGGCAGAGAAUGCUUGUACCCUGGCUGACCUGACAGAGGGUCAGGUCGGCAAGCUGCUCAUCCGCAGGUCGGGGAAGGUGCAGCUCCUCCUGGGCAAGGUGACUCUGGACGUGACGAUGGGGACCACCUGCUCUUUCCUGCAGGAGCUGGUGUCCGUGGGCCUUGGAGACAGUAGGACGGGUGACAUGACGGUCCUGGGACACAUAAAGCACAAACUUGUAUGUUCUCCCAAUUUUGAAUCCCUGUUGGAUCACAAACACCGGUAAAAGGAGCAGAUGGAGGAUGGCGGUGAUUGUGUCCACGGCUGCUGCCUGCUCCAGACAUUUUGUUCUCAAAUCUGUUCAACCCAGAAGGCGCCUGUUUAGCCCACCCACUCCAGCCAUCGUCCCAGUUUUCCCCACAUGGCUCCUUCCCGCAGCAGCUGUGAACGGCGCAGUGACCUUCCCGCAGCACGGAAACUGCACACCCUCACUGCUGGGGGGCUUGUCCCUGCUAUUUAUUUUUAUAUUUAUGGCUUAUCUCUUCAACUGACUGCACCCUCCCCAGGUGGAGAGGCGGCACGGUCUGGGAAGGGACGGGCUCCUUCUCUAGGUGACGUCUUUGUUCUCAGGGUAGGAAGUGUAAGGACAGCUGCUGCUGCUGCUCCCGCCUUCCUCCCAACAGGUGGCACCAGAGAGAGAGAGCAGGGACUUCUCGAGUCUGAGACUCAGCCCCAGCUCUGCCCAUUACUAGUUGUGUGAUUGACAAACUACCUAACGUUUCUGAGCCUCAUAUUCCUCAUCUGACAAAAAUGAGGACGAUACCUACCUCACAGGGUUGGCAUGAGGAUGCAGUGGAAUAUUGUCGAUGAAAACUUGCACAAGGCCAGACAUACACAGUAGGCGCUCAAUAAAUGUUAGUUUAGUUUCCCUUCGACUGAAUCUAUUUUCAAACAAAAGAGAGAUUCUGAGAAUCUCAGAUAAAGUGAAUGGAGCUGCUUUAUCCCACAUUCUUACUCCGUGUCCUAUCCCCCCAGCCUGAUGCUCUGAAGGUUUGGGUUUGGGCCCUUCUAUGCCCUUUUUUCCCUAAGCACUCUUAGGCAAGUGCUUCCUGUCCAUUGCUGCGAGGCCCUAGCUGUAGGUGCCAUCAGAAGUGACAGAGUCAGAGACUCACUCCUCCCAGUGCCCUGCAGAUGCCUUUGGGUGACAUGGUGGUCCCAGGACUCCCUCCACCCUCACUCCUGCAGUAAGUAGCUGCUACUCUUCCAGUAGCAGCUACUGGAAGAGUAGCUGCUUCCACUAUUUCUCAGAAGAAACCUGUGACCACUCCUGGAGAAUUAUCACCACACCGAGUCAAAUACUGCUGAAAAACAACCCUGGCUGAGAUAGUAAGUAGAAGAUUUAUUGAAUAAUGGCCUCACUUUGAAUUUGAGAGGCCCACCUGUCAAAUUCUGUCUCCUGUCCUGGCAUCAACUUGGAUUCCACUGCCACUGGCCGCGCUGGCCUUGUAGUUCAUUGGUCUGUGGUCUUGUUCCUUUCAGCAGCUCACCACACUCUUGACCCUUCCAAUGUGUGGUCCCUAAGGAGCAGCUUCUCUUUCCUCGUCCCUUGUCUGCAGGGCAGGGUCGGGGAGGCACGUCGGAGGUUGGGGAAGGCCUCCUGUUGCAGUGUUCGUGGUCAUUAGACACCGGCAACUCGGCACCCUUUGCUGUGAGCUUAGCAGACCACCUCUGGAACAGGUGUGAACCACACAGACUCCUCUUAACUUAGGUGGCCCAAGAGGUUUUGGAAGGAUAUGCCUUUCUUUAGUCUCGCCUUCUGUUCCUUGAGCCUAUUUUUCAUUCAUCACCACUGGGGCUUCUCCACCGAGCCCCUCAAGCCGCCUAGCCAGCAGCUAGGAGGCAGGAUUGACUGUGUAGUCCCCACAUCGCCCCUUCUGUAGCUAAGAGCUCAUGUGAGCUCUGUUGGAUGGUACUGUUCUGGUCUCUGUUCUCACUGUAGAGGACAGGUGAGCAGAAAGGGUCUUGGAGAUGUGUGCCAUGGAAGUCCUGUUUGGUCUAAUGCUGAGCUUUGAUGAACCAACUCCUUUUUGUUCUCUGGGCUUCAGUGUUUGCUGCUUCUCCUUUUCCACAGCUAAUGAACUGCCAGUGAGUCUCCAUUGUAAUCCUCUCUUUCUCUUGGCUACUUUGGUUCAAAAACACUCUUCUGCUUUUCCCGGCUAGCUCAAAGGCCCUGCCUCAUUAGAUGUUUGGUGUUUUGCAGUCUUGAGUUCUUUGACUCCUCCACGGAAGCUUGAGGAAGAGUGUGUGCCACUUUAACGUUCACCACUUUGCCAUUUCAAGUAUCUUGGGGAUCGAUCGUUAUGACCCUGCGUCACAGUCCCCACGAUCUGUCUCUACAUUCCUGAUACACAGAUUGAACAUCGUCAAUAAAAGUGUGGCAAAAAGACGAGGCAAGUCUGCUUUCUUGGCCAAGCCUCCAAAGCAUACAUUUCUACCAACAAAUAAAUGCAAAUGACAGGAGUAAAAAGCCCAAAGCCAAAUUCAUGUAUGAGUGCAAAUGGAUGCAAAUUUAUUACUACCUGCAUCUGUGUGUAUGCAUUUUGUUAAGAUGCCGAAAGCAAGCUGUAGGCUUGUUCAUUUCUUAAUUACAUGAUUAAGUGACAGAGUGUGGGCCUUAGAGUCAGGGUGGGGUUUGAAUCUAACUCCACCAGUAUAACAUUGGGGAAAAUCAUUUAUCCUCCCUAAGCUCAGUUUUAUACAUUUUCUGUAAAAAUGAGAUAAUAGUAGCUUUUUAAUAGGGUUGCUUUAAAUUACAGUGGACAUAAAGCAUUCAUUUCCUGCCAGACAGAAAGGUGCUUCUGUCAGGACGUGAUCAGCACAAGUAACAGAAAACUAGACUGACAGUGACGUAAGCAAUAAGAAUGUUUAAUUAUCUCAUGUAACGGGCAGUCUGGAGAUAGAUGGUUCCAGAGUUGGGUGGCAGCCAAAACAUCAAGGUUUUCUUGGAUGCAUUUGUUCUGCCAUCCUUGGUGUUACAAAGUGGCUGUAACAACUCAGCAUCAUUUCUUCAAAUGACAGUGUCCAGAGCCAAAGCAGGAAGCAAAGUAGACAGCAGUUAAGGAACUUCCUCCUCAUUCUCCUCAUAUCAGGGAGGAAUGUCCUUCAGAGGCCCAAAGAGACUUGCCCCUAUGUCUCUGAUAGAGCGGACCACAUAACCACCCUUGGAUGGGCACUGGCAAAGAGGGAUAGGUGGACCAGUUUGUCCCCUGGCACUGACGUCUUGUUGCCUUUGAGACGGGGUUUUGUUAGUAGGGAAGAAACAGGAAUGGCACUUAGGUAUAAACAGUCCAUGAUAGUUGCCACCGUGAUUAAAAAAUACUGUCUAUUGUACUAAACUCUAACUAUAUCUAGGUAGAAUUUUUUUUAAUGUUCAAUUACCUUUUAUUCUAAAUAAACCAGUUUUAACAUCUUAGUGCAUAUUCUUUCAGACUACAAAAUUGUGUAUGUUACAUAUAAUGAUAUAAACAUGCUGUUUUAUCACAUUUCAUCUCACUCAAAAAUACAGUUCUUCCAUGUUAAUAGUAAGCCUCUUGUACUUCAGAUACUUCUGAUCUAGCUGAAAAUAUCAGAGACAGCGCCCUUUAAUCCUCCCAGACCUACCCACAUGGUCCAAUUGAUCACUCACACUUGGCUCUUUAAAGGAAGAGGCUUAUUUCCUAGGUAUAGUCAGAGUGAAAACAGUGACGUCCAUUGCCUAUUCAUCCCACCCCCAGCCUAGUGCAGGAUACUUCCACAGCUGGGGCAUCCCCCUCUUAAGAUGGCUACAGCUAUAGUGACAGAUGCCAUGUUGACAGCUGCUCUUGGACUGUGGUUCAGCUGCCGAAGUUCUGAUGGAGGGUCGGAACUGGAGUGGGCUUAGGUCUCAAGGGCAUCAUCUGAAAAAAUGGAGAUAGAAUGCCAAUUCUAGGAACUCCUCUGUGCGGCCAACUUCUGACUCAGCUCUUCUGAAGCAUUUCUUCCGUCCCCUUCCAUGGGAGCAGUCACUGGUCCAACUCCCUGAAAGCUGAGGCAGAGGUUAGACUUCCUUCUGUUCGGCUCAUUUACAUUUAAGACCCAGUCAGUUGGAAAAAAUGCAGUCUUGAUCAUCAUUGGCCCAACGGUUUUAUCUUGUGUCCUUUUCAGGAUUCAGUGGAGAAAUAGAAACCAUUCUAGGUACUCUAAGCAAAAAAGUUUAAUACAGGAAGAUAAGUAUUUUUAGACUCAUUGGAAAGCUGGAAGAGUGAGCCAUAGGUUGAGUCUCCAGGAUUCAGAACCCUAGAGAACUGAUAUACCAGGGGAGCUACACCCUCUGCUAGAAUCAGGAAGGCGGAGGACCUGGAUCGAGCUAUGAGGACACACUGCACGGCCGCAAUCUAGGGAUCAGGCAGUGCCCGCAGUCUCAACUGCCUGGGGAACCACAGAGCUAAAGGUUGCACCCUGGAACACCUGAAGACAACCCCCCACAUGCUGAGUGCCCUCUGUGUGCUAGGUACAGUUCAAGCGUAGUAUUUGUCAGUGACAAAACAGAAAGGUCUCUGUCCAGGUGGAACUUGCAUUCUAGUGAGGGAGACAGACUAUAAGUAAGUUACAGAGUAUUUAGAAGGUGAUGAGAGCUUGGGAAUUUUUCUUUUAAAGGGUAAGGGGAGUCUAUGGGUGGUCGUAUCACAGUAAGUAGGGUAGGCUUCAUUGAAAAAAAUAUUUGAAGUGAAGCAGCCGGAUCAGUAGGCAGUGGGGACAGCUAGGAGCUGACACUGUGAGAGAGGGGACAGUAUCAGAGGUGGGGUGGGCAGCCCAGGUCCUGCAGGGCUUCGAAGCCAUCAUAAGGACUUUGGCUUUAUUCUAAGGGAAAUGAUUAGCUGUUGCAAGUGUCUCUUAGGUUUCAAAAGGCUCCCAUUAACUGCUGGGUUGAGACAAGGGUAGAAGCAGAGGCACCAGUUUGGAGGCUGCUACAUUAACCCAGGCAACAGACGGCAGUGGCUUGGACCAGGGUUAAUGGUGGAGGUGUUGGGAGGUGGUUGGAUGCUAGAUACUUAUUUCAAAGGUAGAGCCACCUCGAUCUGCUGAUAGAGUAGAUGUGGGAUGUGAAAGAGCAGAAUCAAACAGCCAAAGCAGUAGGAAGGUGGGCCAUACUUCCACCUUUCAAAUCCCAAUUGACAGAACCUAACUCACACCCAGCAUCCUCGUGCAAGUGAUUUUGGGAAAUGUAGCAUCCGCCUUCUAGCCCCAGUAAUCCAGGUUGGCACUUUAUGAAGUGGUGGUGGUUGCGUGCAUGUUCAACCACAUUCAGCAGAGUUGGCUUAAGGAUCCAAAAUUUGAAGGUAAAGCUUUCUGUGGCCAUGUCGUGCUGCCAAUACAAAGUUCUCUGAUUCAUUUCCUCAAAACAGUAUACUCCAAAUGAAAACACAAUACCCAAGACUGACUGUACUCAGUGUGACUCACGCAUUUUCCCAGGGCAAGAUAAUACAGGAAUUCUUUUGGAAACAGCUCUUACGCUGUACAACAUAACAUUAAUGGCUACAUUAGAAUGCAUCUUUGGACUAUCAAAACUGACCCAAAUAUUCCCUGAUUUCUGGACAAUUUUGGUUUUUCCAAUUUUUCACGAUUUUAAAAGUGAUGUGAUAAACAAUUUUGUAGUUAAAUUGUUUCUGAUAGCCUCAUUAUUUCCUUAGGAUGUUUUAAAAUUAAAAAUGGCUUUUUUGACAUUAAAAGUGUCAAAUUCUAUGCCAUCUUUAAGGCUUUUGGUAGAUAACGCCCUCCAGAAUGUUUGCACCUGUCCACAUGCCCAUCAACAGUGUGUAAGAGUUGCUUGUGCAUUUGUAAAGUUAAUGUAUUAAGAUUCUGGUUUUGAACUAUAUAAAUGUAAAAAGAUGCUGAGUAGAGACCUGACCUGUACUCAGCUGACCCUCAGGGUAGAUAACUAAUGUUUCCUCUCUUCCCUCUGUCAGACAUCAAAGGGGGUUGAUGUGUAAAGAACACGCUGCCCCCGCGGUUGGGUUAUAUGCUUUCCAAAAGUCAGUUGUGUUUUUCCCAAGCUUGCUUUUGCCAGUUGUGUUCACUAUUGUACUUACAUAAUUAAGUUAAACAUGGUAUAAACUAAUAAAAUAUGAGG